AUGCCAGGUUUUUUCAAAUCCGUUUCGGGAAGUAGAAAUCAAGACAAUUCUUCAACGAGUGUCAUGUACAACGUCGAAGAUAUUGACAUUCAUGAAUGGACAGUCGAUGAUUUUGCCUAUUGGCUCGCUCAAAAGAAUUACAAGAAGAAAAUCAUCAAGAUAUUGAAAAAAGAGAAAUGGAAUGGAGAUUCAUUGAUGGAAUUAAAACAAGAAUCAGAUCUCAAUCUCUCGAAAAUUCCUUCCGGAGUUGCAAAAUCCAUCUUUGCAGAUAUUCAAAUAUUGAAACAAAAACAAAUGGAAGAAAAGGAAAAGUGUCCAAACAAACCCAAACAAUCAGCAGAUGAAAUUAGAAAAUCUAUUCGAUUGACAACAUCCGUUCCAACUCAACCAGUGACAGUGUUACCAGUGACAAGUGACAAUAGCCAUCCUGGCUCAAACAACGAAGAAGUGCAUUUUGUUGGACCGACUACUUCCUUGACAGGGUCAUUCCUGAUUAAUAAUUUGAAUAAGAAAAGAGAUCCAAGUAUUCACAGAGGAGCAAUUAUCAUGAGAAGCAAUAGUUCUUCAACGAGUCCACAAACAAAUUCACACAAAUUCAAUUCACCUUCUUCGAAGAGUGCAUCCAUAUCCAACUAUUCGAGUAGUAGCAGUAGUAGUAGUGAAGGAUUAAUUUCUGAAAUUAAUGAAUUGUUAAAUGAUUUGAAAGGAGGAAAUUCUGAAAUGGGAAAUUCAUCCAAUUCGAAUGUAGUGUUGAAUCAUAAUCCUCCUCUUUCGAACAGCUUGUCCUCUCAUUUGAAUCAUUCCUAUGUGAUGGGAAGUGAGUUUUCAUCAUUGGCUGUUCAAGAUGAUGUUCAAGAAUGUCCACCCUAUGAGAUUGACAGCAUGAAAUUGAAUCAAAAACAAGAUUAUAAUUAUUGCCAUGCUAAAAUUGAAUCCAUGAUUCAACUUCGAGUGAAUGAACUGAAAAAAUUACAAUCCAAUAGUAGUAAUAGCAGCAGCAAUAGUAAUCAAAACCAUCAUGCAUCACUUCACAACAAGAAUUCACUCGUUACUCCUUCUCAGUUGAAUUUACAAGAAAUUACUCAAAAUUUAAUCAUUCCUUCUCGAUUUUCAUACAAGUAUUUAAAUCCAGCUCGAUUGUUGAAAAAUCUCAUUUUGGAGAAUAAGAAGAGUCACAUUAGUUUUUUAAGAAUCAAAAUUGCAGUUCGAAUUUUAAAUUCUGAUGAAAUUGCAGAAUAUGUCAAAUUAUUACAACAAGCUUCCUCCAACCAUGAAGAAGAUUUACAAUCUCACCAAUCGUCAUCGUGUUCAAUUACUUUAUUAAGCUCUAGAAUUCAAUACGCUGCCUACACACCUGCUCUCAUUAUUGGACCUUUCUUUUUAGAAUGGACUCGUUAUGGAAUGGCUGUCGUGCGACAUGUGAAAAAUGUCACUGCACAUCAUGUCAUUUUCUAUGAUGCAAAAGUAGUGAAAGGAAAUGAUGAAAUUGCAUCACUUCUCUCGAAAUUAUCCGAAUGGGCAUGUUAUUGGAAUGGACAAAAAGAUUUUGAUAUUUUACAUGCUCAUGGUUUUACUUUUUGUAAAACAAUUUUGGAAAAUAUUGAAUGUUUGCAUGAUUUACCAUCUCAUGUGAAAGAAUUUUUGGAUUUAUUUAAAUGUUGUGGAGUGUGUGGAAAUACAGUAUCUUUGAAUGGUAUGCCAGAAUUAGAAAAAUGUGUCUCUGAAUUUGGAAGUGAAUCUUUAAUAUCGAAAUUGAAUCGAAUGGGAGGAGAAAAUACUUGGUCAAGUAGUAGUAGUAGCAACAAUAGUAGUAGUAGCAAUAGUAGUAUUACAUUUACCAAUCAACGAGUAUUUAACGAAUUUACAUCCAUCAUUCAACAAUAUUUACCCAAUGGUUAUUUAGAUGAUCACAAAUCACUCAAAUAUCAAUUACAAAUGAUUGAGAGAGGAUUUUGGUAUGAUAUGGAACGAAAUGGACCAACCAUGUAUAAUGAACCUUUAUAUGUGAAGAUUAGUAACAAUGGAGAAGAUGGUAAUCAUGAAGAGGUCGAGGAAGGAAGUAGUAAUGGUACUUCCAAUAAUGAAAGUGGUUUAAUCUGUCAAGCCAUGUUUAACUCGAGCGGUGUAUUGGAACAUGCAUUUCACACCAAUGAUGAACACAAUGUGCAUACCGAUUUUGAAUUUAGUAAUUAUCGAGUGGAAUUUCCAAAACUAUAA